AGACAGACCACGCCCUCCCUCUCUCAGGUAAUGCUUCUGGCUCUUUAGUAGUGGCACGGCAUCCUGUUUGUGUUUGCCACUCAUCAGAGACAACACAAAGCCAACAAAGCAUCACAUUCUCAGAUUCACACGAUGGCUGAGAGCUGAAACCUGCCGACGGACCUCACGUAGUUUACAGGUAACAGGAUGGAGGUGGCUGGUCCCUGGACAGAAAUAUUCGAGGGCUCUGAGAUGAAGGAGAUGUCUGGAGGAUCAGAGACGUUGUUGGGGAGCUCCACGCUGACUCUGGCUCCUCUGGUAGCCGACUCUCCGACCGUACGGCGCUCCCAGCCCAUCCUGAUCACCGUAAACAGGAGGAAAGGGAAAGGCGUAAAUUCAUUCUCCUCCUCCGUCCCGUCGAUACCCAACCCCUUCCCAGAGCUCUGCAGCCCCUCCAAGUCUCCGGUUCUCAUCAGUUCACUUCCUCCACCGUCGACUAACAAACAUUUGGUGAAGGUGUACGGCGAGGACAGCCACAGCCGGUCGGUGUGGGUUACUCGAGGAGCGACAGCCAGAGAUGUGUGUCACCUGUUGGUCCAGACGACUCACUGCAGCGAUCAGGAGAACUGGGCUCUGCUGGAGCUCCAUCCCACCCUGGGCCUGGAGAGAUGUCUGGAGGACCACGAGGUCGUGCUGGAGGUUCAGGCGACCUGGUCUCUCAAAGGCGACACAAGGUUCGUUUUCUGCAAAAACUACGCCAAGUACGAGUUCUUCAGGAAACCAGUGCUCUUCUUCCCAGAGUCCAUGAUCUCCGACAGCGCUGAUGACAGCAAGGAUAUGACAUCAUCAGAGCUCAUCCAGAACCUGCUGAAGUCCGGGACGUGUCCAGAGAUUCAGGGUUCCCUGCAGGUCAAAGAACCCAGUCGUAAAGCCUGGAAGAAGGUCUUCUUUUUCCUCCGCCGCUCCGGACUCUACUGCUCCACCAAAGGCUCCUCCAAGGAGCCUCGUCACCUGCAGUACGUGGCUGAUCUGGAUGAUCUGAACGUGUACACGGUGGUGAACAGUCGUAAACUGUACGGAGCGCCUGCAGACUUCACCUUCUGCAUCAAGCCGUGCAGAAACCCGGUCCGAGUUCAGGACCUGAAGAUUUUGUGUGCUGAGAACGAACAGACACGAACGUGUUGGACGUCGUCUUUCAGACUGUUCAAGUAUGGGAAGCAGCUUCAGUGCAACUACCAGCUAUCGAAGUCGGCCCCGCGAAGCCUGGAAGGAGCCAAACUCCCAGAUGGCAAAUCAAAGUCGGAGGCGAGCCUGGUGGCCAUGGACUUCUCGGGGAAGGCCGGCGGACGGGUCAUCGACAACGCGAUGGAGGCCGAGUGCGCAGAGAGGGAGGAGGGACAGGCCUGGAGGAAGAGAGAAGCUAUGAGGUGGAGUCUGCCCAACUUGAACUCUAACGCCAGACCGUCCUCCGUCCACAAGUCCCAGCAGUGGUUUCAUGGUGGCGUGUCAAGAAAGGACGCUCAGAGACUGAUAGAGAAGCAGGGCCUGGUAGACGGGAUGUUCUUGAUCCGUGACAGCCAGCAGCACGCCCAGUGCUUCGUCCUCUCGCUGUGUUACAAGCUGAAGACCAAACAUUACCUGGUGAUCCCCUGUGAGGACGAUGGCAGGAAGUACUUCACCAUGGACGACGGCGUGACUCUCUUCAUCGACCUCCUGCAGCUGGUGGAGUUCCACCAAAUCAACAAGGGCAUCCUCCCCGUCUGCCUCAAACACCCCUGCGUCUGUAUAGCAAUAUGAAGCCUUUUACAGCUCGUGACCUCUGACCCCUGUUGCUCCACGCUCCUCCUUCUCAGACGCCUUCACUUCUAGUCUAAAGUGUGAGCAUCAGAUUUUAUUGAUAUCUAUUAACCACCAGUUGAUAAAGGGCAAUUAGACGACGGGGGUUCUGUGGCAGAGCGGAGCAACGUGUGAUAAUGUUAUCAGGGUUGUAAGACGUGGACUCCCGGGAAGUGUUGAAGCAUAUUGUCCUCCUCCUCCUCUCUUCAGUAUUUUUAAUUGUUCCGACUACACGAGCAGCUCCAGACUGUGGUUGGUUUUUUAUUUUUAAUUAAUGAGCUGCCGUCCCCCGCGGCGACGGCUUAAUUAGCCGUGUCGGACAGACUUUUAGUGCCCUUUGAUCCGGAGCCAUGCAGCCAUGAUUGGAGGUGCAGUGUGCAGAGGACGGGCUGCGGCAGGAAGUGUCUGAUUGUGGCUUCACCAGAUUUCAUUGAGAGCGACCACUGGAGGGCGCUCUGAGUCAAAGCUCACAAGGUUUUUUUGUUUUUUUUAGCUGUGUAAUAUAAGAAAUGAUGUAUUUUGAUAUUAACAUUGUUGUAUAAUAAUCAUGAAAAUGCCCCAGGUUGCAAUCAUGUAGCAUGUAAAUCCUCACUCCUCUGACUGUGAUGUUUUUACAUUAACUUUCUUAUUUGUGCCUUAAAAGCAUCUCAUUUGUUAAUAGAACCAACUUUUCAUUGCUAUGUUUGCACACUGACGGUGAAGGGAAGCUGCAUUUUUCUUGUGAUGUUUAAACGACCAAAUAUAUUAACAGAUUAACAGGUUUUUAUGAGGGUGCAUGAAGAGUUUUUAAUCUUUGCAAACUGCUGAGGAGACCAUGAGAUGUGGUUAAAGCUCUGAAAAAAGCUAGUAAGCAAGUUAAGACUUUAUUUUACAGGCCUGGAAUUUCCCAACAAAAAUCCCUAAUAAUGUUUUAGGACGUUUCCUGGUGAUUUAAAAAUAAUAAAAAGCA